AUGCUUCGAUUGUUGACCUUGCGGUUUCUACCCAAGCGAGGUGGUCUUAGUUUAAGGAGUUAUAGUCCUGAUGGAAGAUAUAAAAGUGAACACGGACCAUCGUACUACCUUAUCCCAGAAAUACCUAGUGAAUCUUACGUGUCAAAAAUCAUUCUGGAACCGCUGAACAUCUCGAAUUUAGAUGACCUGAAACCCGAUAAGGUUUUCGGUGGCGUUUCCAGACUUAUAAUGAACUAUCAGGUGUCAAUAUCGAAGUUGUCAGAUAAUAUCCAGAAAGGAGAGCUUUCAAAAAAUGACACUACUAUCAUAUCUUCGCUUGAACAAGCAUCUUUUCCAGUGGAACAAGCGUUUCGUAAUCUAAGUUGCUUAACAACCCUGAAGAAUGAUCACAUUUGGAGUUUAGUAGUAUCGCGUCUGUAUCAAAAAUUCAAGGCGGCUAGGCGUGAAUAUUUUCAUCGCGAUUCAACCAUAUGCGAAGCUCUUUUAACACUCAGGCGAUCUUCCUCAAAGUUGGAUGAGUAUGAGAAAGGUAACUACGGGUGGCUUGGAGAUGUUUACUGGUUAAAAUAGGCGUUUAGACCACUUAAUAUGAUUCUCAUCAUGCAAUCUCUCAAAUCCUACUACAAGCAUUACAUGUGGCGUACAUUCCGUAGCCGUCAAAAGAAGCUAAACAAGGUUCCGCUUUUUUCGAUCGAUAUACAUUUGUGUCAAACCCUUUGUGCAUAUGUGUCUGGGACUAGGUUCUUAAACCCUCAGCACUCAUAUUAUAUUGAAUCUAGUACAUUAUAUGUAAAAUUGUAAGUUACAUUUGAGAUUAAAACAGCUGAUAUAAGCGAACAAUUUUCUCUUCAAUUAGGUCAUCAUCACGUAUUAUUUUAGUCCACGUGAAUAUUUACAUAGGUAGUAUAAACAAACAAGGCGAUUUGAGAGUCAAUGAUCACAUUGAGAUAGAUUGUGUAACUACACAUAAUAAGUAAAAUGUGCAAACUGAUAGUAAGGAGAGAAGUGUACUAGUAGUGACAAGAAUAAUAAAAUAAUGAAAAUCCUAGUCAGUAGUUUAACGUAGGAAGUAGAUCGGAUUUAGAUAAGUAGGUUUUACAAUAAUGAUCACAGUACAUUGUUAAAUUUACGUAAAUAAUUAGAUAGUGAAGAGUUGUUUGCUAAGUCAUAUCCGGCCAAGGAAGGGGACGGGUAUCACGAAUUUCUUCCGAAAACAAACUAGAGUUGUAUGUUCAGCUGCCAGGUCCACUUCCUGCUAAAUGUAGGAGACGGAAAAUAACAAGAGUAUACGAUAGGUCACUCGAAAUGAUUUGGUUUUAUCUACCAUAUUACAAUUGCCAACCAGGUGUCUCGAGAAAGAGCUCCGUAUUGUCUGUGUCCGGGCCUUUUCUAACCAAGCAUGGAGAUGCUCACUAAUUCUUUUGUUAAGUUGACUGGUAGUUUUGUAGUGAAAGAGAGCUCAGGUGGAGGAAACCAGUUUAUUGUUGCAUGCAAAAUUACACAGUUGCUUAGCGAAACAUGAAAAUCAUACAUUAAAUACAUUAUUUGCGCAUCUUUGCGUUAUCACUUAUAUACUUCAUUAUUCCUCUAAUUCUGCAUGUGUUGGUAGAAGCAGUUCAGUUGAGAAUUCUUUAAGAUAAUCCAGUUUUUCUCACUUUCAUAAAGAAUGUAGGAGGGGACUAUAGUAGGACGACUAUUCUAUUCUGAGCCAUGUCUGAUGACUCCUCAAACCAUUGAGCUGUACCAUCUUCAGAACCCCAAGCAGGGGAUCUUAAUGGACCGACAUAUAGCAGUCCUGGACAUCUUUUAUAUCAUGGCCCAGUAUUAUAAACUGACCAACAUCAAAUUAAUUCAGUGUAAAAAGCUGAUUCAGAACCCGCAUUUGUGGUAAAGUUCAAAUUUUCGACAAUUUAGUGACUUGGAGUCCUGUAGACAGAACCGAGCUUUUACCAUAGACGAGCUCCUGUGUCAGUUGGGAAAUAAAAGUAAACAGAAUAGAAAGGAAGCGGAAUAGAAGUCAAGUGAAGUAAAACAAAAACACUUGAACUAAAUGGUUACUAAUCAUCUUUUGAUUUAGCAAUUAAACGGAACAAACAGAUCAAUUUAUUUGCGGGUCAUUCUUCUAUCUGUGAGAGGAAUGGGGUGCUGCCUGGCCACCCAAACUGAAGUAGAUUUCUUCUUAAAGGUCCACUUCCUGAGUCUUUGAUUGACGGGUCCAAUCCACAAGACAAUAGAAGAACAUCGGAGUGACCAGAAAUAGAUUUAUAUCCCACUUGAUCCAUCAGGAUUCUGGAGCACUUGUACAUAAUUAUUUUGGAAUCAGGGUCUUCCAACCCUUCUAGAUGAAUUCUUCAUAUCUAUCAACUUGGUCUGAGUGCCGGGCGUUCACUUUUCAACCUCUGGCUUCUAUAAAUAACAACCGUCUCCAUGGGAAGGCAAUGAGUUAGACUUUCCUGGUAGUGGCUACUAACACGACCGUGUGAGAGCACUUCGAAGAGAGCUGAUUCUCUCCAUUUUUGAUUUUACCAGGGGAUUUGAGGGGGAAGUGCGUCUGUCCAAUAAAAAACAACUAUAAAUUCAAUGAACGGUGCGUAUAUUAAAGGUCAAAUCAAUCACAUUUGUUUUAGCCUAAAUAUACAUUUGUGGAAACUAUUUUUUAAAUGUUGAUUCAUCCAUCAAUUAAGUGCUGAAAACUAUAGAGUAACACACAGUAGUCAUUUUAUGUCGUGAGACAAUCUUUUUUUCGAUACCUUAUUUGUUUCACAAUUUCAGGCUUAUUGAACGUAUGGAUAUAUGAUUGUUGGUCAGUGGGUACUGGGCUAUUGCUUGCCAGUAACAAGUCUGGAAAAAUCAUUUCAUUUUCUGAAUUGAAUGAUAUUAUUCAAGAAACUAGCAAAACUACAGCCUCUCCACAUAUUACUCCACCAAACGCCCGCAAAUCUUUGGAAGUGAUACAUGAUAGUUAUGCUACUGUAGAGAAAGAAGAAGCUAAAUUUCAAGCAAUGGUUGCAUCUUGUGCUGUAGUCUCAUUGCCUAAGUAUUAUAGGUCAAAAUACACUGGUCGUGUAACAAUACCGUCAUCUUUAGAAAUCCUCACAGGUGCCACGGAUGUCAGUGUCGCUGAGUCAGACCUGGCUCCAUCAGCUCCUUACUGGCUACCAGCAGUCUUAGGUGGUAAAGAAGAUGGAGGACAUAUAGCUGGGAUGCAUGUUAGCUUAAUUUCAAACGAUGUAGUCAGUGAAUUCCUAAAACACUGUAGUACUAGCGAAGUACGUAAAACCGUAUGGGAAUACUGGGUACGACGUGCAAGUGGUCGUUAUUUUGGCCCAACUACCGGUUUAUGUGCGUCUAAUGAUCAGCGUAUACAGGAUAUUCGUCAUUUACGAAGAACUCUGGCAAAAUAUCUUGGUUGUAAAGACUGGUUGUCCGUUGUUUGGAGUUCUCCUUAUUCACACUCGCCUUCGUCUCCUGAUGAACUUAUCGCUAAUGUCCUAGAACCUUCCAGAUCUAUUUUAACACAAGUUGGAGAGCGUGACUUUAAGCUACUAAAAGAAUGGGCUAAUGUAAAUCUAGAUAUAUCUGGCAAAACUUUGGAACCUUGGGACGUUGGAUAUGCUUUGGAACAAUAUAAUUACGCUUUUAAUUAUGCACGUUUAGAGCAUAUAAUUACUCCACCAGAUGGUUCACUAGUAAAUUAUCUUCACACAGUAUUUUGUGAGUUAGCAAAUGUAUUUCACUUUAAGUUAUCAUCUCAAAUACCAAGAUCAUCUGUAGAAGAAAAUGAAUGUUAUGUUGUUGAAAAAUUGGUUUAUCAUGUGGAAGACUUAACAAGUGGUACACUACUUGGUGAAAUAAUUAUUGAUCCUUUCGCUAGAAGCAAUCGUUCAGUUCCUGUUGGUGGUAAUAUAUUUGUUCCUGUCUUUGCACGAAAUAAUUUACCAAAGAUUGACAUUCAUGUACAUUCUGAAUCUUCUCAUUAUCCUAUAGCUUACAUUCUAGGUAGUUUAAAUCAAUCUACUGAAACAAAUGGAAUUUCUUUCAAUGUUUUAUUAUCAUUUAUGUCUAUGUUUGGAGCAUGUCUUCAAUAUGUAUCAUGUCGUGUACCGCAUCAUGAAUUAUAUGGAUUCCCUCAUUAUAUAGCAUUGGAUACACGUUAUGUUAUGCCAGAUUUAUGUUAUAAUAUAGGAUAUAAUUAUGCUAUACCGUCAUUAAAAAAAUAUUUACCAAAUAAACAAAAAUCCUAUUUUCAACCAUCUGCUAUCGGAUUAAAAACACCUUCUAGGUCUAUUAAAUCAUUGUAUUUGCUACAAGAAUUAUAUCAAUCUCGAUUUGAUUUAGCCAUGUGGUCAAAGAAAUAUUCAGAAACUAAAUGGUCAACAAUACAAAAAAAUCUAUGGAAAUUACAUAUGCCUUAUCCAUUGCAUCCAGAGGAUACAUUGCCAUGCUCUUACACAAAUAUAUUUGGACCAAAUUCUGAAUCUGGUUUAAUGUAUCAUCAAAUAUGGCGUAAAGUUCUACUCGAAGAUAUCCUACUUUCAUUAGAUGAAGCUGGUUGGUUAUCAUCAGAUAAAACAGAUUCAGAAAAGGUAUCAGAAGUCUUUAAACGCUUUCGAGAUACAUACUUGACUUAUGGAAGUGCAAUUCCACCAGCUGAAUUAUUUCGUCGUUUUCGUGGAAGAGAUCUUAAUCCUCAAUUAUUUUUAAAGAAGAUAGAAACUUCAAUAGAAUCUCCAGAGAUGCCUAUAAUAUCAGAAGAUAUUACACCUGUAUUAGCUCGUUGAUAGUUUUCAUAAAUUUCAAUCUAUUAUACAACUGAUAAUCAUGUACACAGUUACUUAAGAAUUAUUUAUUUAUAUUUAACAACAACACCCCCACCCCCCACCAACAACAAAUACUUUGUGCUUAACACUUGUACAUUAUAAUACAUUUUUCUUAUAUAACUGUAACGUGAUGUUUUGUGUAGAUUAUAGAAAACUUCGUAAAAUACUUUAUAGUUUUCCAUAGGAAAUUUGUACACUUUUGUUUACAAAAUUCUUUGGAUUCAAUCAAACUUCAUGUUUUAAAUAAGUAGAUAUCAUUUUGUCAUUAUGGAAUUGCAAUCAGAAAUCUCUUAGGUAUUUCAUAUUUCUUUUUUAUGAACUGCAUUAAACUCUUAGCAGAUAUUGUUAGUAGUGUUUAACAAUGAUUUAGCCCAUAUGUGAUUUUCAACUUGAAUAUCAAGAUACUCAUCAUAAAUGCAAUUUGUACUUCUUGAACUUGUACUGUUGAAUUCAAUGUUACAUGUCUUAAUAAUAUCUAUUACUUCGCUAACAAUGAACUUCAGGCUAAAGUUUUAGGCUUUUCUACCAGUUUCGUAAUCUUAAAGCAACUCAUGUUGUGGACUUGACUGGUUACUUUAUCUAGUAACAAUACAUUGCAGUUGUGACUAUAUGAUAUAAGAAUCUAGGC